AUGUGGCGACAAGCUUAUGAUAGUCUUCAUAGACAUGUUAUACUCAACCAACCAAGGUAUCAGCAGCUAUUAACCAAACGGUAUACAUCAUAUUUUAAAGGCGCACAAAGUUUUUUCCGCGGAUUUGACUCAUUGGAUAACAAGAGUAGUGGUAGUAGCAGCGGGAGUAACGCACCAAGAGAAACUGUCGAGGAAGGUAUACCUUAUGUCCGAUAUCCGCUAUUUACCAAGGACCAAUUAAAGAAAAUCGCCGUGGAUAAGUUCAAGUUUGAGUUUGGGUAUGCCUCGUUUGGGUUCCACUCGGACUCAAUUGUCCCUUCAAUUAACUCAUUGAGCGACUUGACAGAUCCAACCCUGUUGAAUUCUUUGCUACCGAGAAGAAGACCACAGGGGUCACCCAGUGACACACUAAGCAUAAAAGCCGGAGAUGAUACUAUGCUUGUAUCGCCAUCUGUGCUUGCAAUUGCCGACGGUGUUAGUGGUUGGGAAAGCGACGGAUUAAUAGCCGACUCGGGAAUAUGGUCUAGGUCUAUUGUGGAAACUUUCAGUAGACUAAUGACAGAGUACAAAAUCAGUCACUCACCUCACCAUUUGAAACGAAGAGAUAUACAGGAGAUAUUGGACGAUUCCUACCUACAUACUUCUCACUUGAUGGAUUUGCAAAAAUUGAAUGGUUCGUCAACUUUAAUUUUGGGAAUGUUGAGCGGUGACAGAAUAUUGAUGAUAAGUAUUGGGGAUUCUAAAAUUUUUAUCAUCAGAAACGGAGAGAUUGUGUUCACAAACAAAGAAGAGUCAGGAGAAGGGUUUUGCCCUACACAAAUUGGUACAAAUACCUUGUCGAAAAUGCCUUCCGAUUUUGCUUGGAUCGAUCUGUUUGAGUUAAAGGAUAACGACUAUGUGGUAGUUUGCUCAGACGGUAUAACUGAUAAUCUAUACGAGUGGGAAAUCAAUAAUUACAUUGACGAAUUUAUUAACCACAAGAAAAACAAUUUAAAGACUGUGGCACAAAAGUUAUUGAUAAAGGCUAAGGAAGUAGCUUUUGAUGACUACUCAUAUACACCAUACAAUGAAAAAGUGAAUCAGACUCUCAGCAAAGGGGCUGGUGGUCUGCCUAGCCGUGGUGGUAAAGUCGACGACAUGUCAAUCGUUGUGGCGAAAGUAGUUAGCUGUAAGUAA